AUGUAUAAUAGUAACAACAGUCACCAUGGAAGUGCCUCUCCUUCAGGACAAGGCUACUAUAUGUCACAACAACAAGACCAACAGCAUCAACAACAACAGUACGCUAAUGAAAUGAAUCCGUAUCAGCAGAUUUCUAGACCGCCUGCUGCAGGAUUUAGUAGUAAUUACAUGAAAGAGCAAGGUUCUCAUCAAUCAUUACAAGAGCAUUUACAACGUGAAACUGGUAAUAUAGGUAGUGGCUUCACAGACAUUCCAGCACUGAAUUAUCCCGCCACACCACCACCGCAUAACAACUACACAGCUCCAAACCAGAUGAUCAACACGCCACCACCAUCAAUGGGUGGACUUUAUAGGCAUAACAAUAACUCUCAGAGCAUGGUUCAAAAUGGUAAUGGAAACGGAAAUGCCCAAUUACCACAAUUAUCGCCAGGCCAAUAUUCUAUAGAAUCUGAGUACAAUCAAAAUAUAAACGGCAGUUCCUCUAGUAGUCCGUUCCAUCAACCACAGACAGUGCGGAGCAAUGGAUCAUAUUCAAGUGGGUUAAGAAGUGUGAAAAGCUUUCAAAGGUUACAACAAGAACAGGAAAAUAGUCAAUUUCAACAACAGAAUUCUCAGCAGCAACAGCAACAGCUUCAAUUUCAGCAACAACAACAACAACAACAACAACAACAACAACAACAACAACAACAACAACAACAACAACAACAACAACAACAACAACAAUCACCAAUUCAAGGUGGGUUUAGCAACGGUACCAUAUCGAAUUAUAUGUACUUUGAAAGACGGCCGGAUCUGCUGACCAAAGGAACACAAGAUAAGGCAGCAGCUGUGAAGUUAAAGAUUGAAAACUUCUACCAAUCAUCUGUCAAGUACGCCAUUGAAAGAAAUGAAAGAAGAGUGGAGUUAGAGACAGAACUAACUUCUCAUAAUUGGUCAGAAGAAAGAAAAUCCAGGCAAUUGAGCUCAUUAGGUAAAAAGGAAUCUCAAUUUUUAAGGCUACGUAGAACGAGGUUAUCUUUGGAGGAUUUCCACACCGUGAAAGUCAUCGGGAAAGGGGCAUUUGGUGAAGUGAGACUAGUUCAGAAAAAAGACACCGGAAAAAUAUACGCGAUGAAGACCUUACUGAAAUCCGAGAUGUACAAAAAAGACCAAUUGGCACACGUUAAGGCUGAAAGGGAUGUUUUGGCUGGAAGUGAUUCUCCAUGGGUAGUUUCACUAUAUUACUCCUUCCAAGAUGCUCAAUAUUUAUAUCUAAUUAUGGAGUUUUUACCUGGUGGUGAUUUGAUGACAAUGUUAAUCAGAUGGCAAUUAUUCACAGAGGAUGUAACCAGAUUUUAUAUGGCUGAGUGUAUUUUAGCCAUUGAAACUAUUCAUAAAUUAGGAUUUAUUCACAGAGAUAUCAAACCAGAUAACAUUUUAAUAGAUAUCAGAGGUCAUAUUAAGUUAUCUGACUUCGGGUUAUCUACCGGGUUUCAUAAGACUCAUGAUUCGAACUAUUAUAAAAAACUUUUGCAACAAGACGAGGCAACCAAUGGUGUUUCCAAAGCAGGUGCCUAUAACGGGACUACAACCGAUACUGCGAACAAAAGGCAGACAAUGGUUGUGGAUUCUAUCAGCUUAACAAUGUCAAACAGGCAACAAAUACAAACAUGGAGAAAGUCACGUCGUUUAAUGGCAUAUUCUACUGUUGGUACGCCAGAUUAUAUUGCUCCUGAGAUCUUUCUGUAUCAAGGUUAUGGCCAAGAAUGUGAUUGGUGGUCGCUUGGUGCAAUUAUGUAUGAGUGUUUGAUUGGUUGGCCUCCCUUUUGUUCUGAAACCCCACAAGAAACAUACAGAAAAAUUAUGAACUUUGAACAAACUCUACAAUUUCCCGAUGAUAUACACAUUUCUUACGAAGCAGAGGAUCUUAUCCGCCGGCUGUUAACACAUGCAGAUCAGAGACUUGGUAGACAUGGUGGUGCAGAUGAAAUCAAAAGUCAUCCAUUUUUUCGCGGGGUCGAUUGGAAUACAAUCAGACAAGUAGAAGCUCCAUAUAUACCAAAGCUGAGCUCCAUCACAGAUACUAGGUUCUUCCCAACAGAUGAAUUAGAGAAUGUACCAGAUUCCCCAGCUAUGGCUCAAGCCGCUAAACAAAGAGAACAAAUGACAAAGCAGGGCGGAAGUGCACCUAUCAAGGAAGAUUUACCUUUUAUUGGUUACACUUACUCCAGGUUUGACUAUUUGACUAGAAAAAACGCAUUGUAG